AUGGGGGCCAAGGUGCUCUUUGACAAAGGCGCCAAGUUGGCAGCUAUCUAUCCUCGCAUCCGCCUUGUGUACGGUGACCUCGAUUCUGUGGAAUUGAUAGAAGCAGAAGCCGCCACAACUGACAUCGUGUAUCAUUUUGCAAAUUGCGAUCAUGAAGCCUCUGCUACAGCAAUUGCAAAGGGUCUGACUCGUCGGCAACGGACCGGGGCUGGCUACUGGAUUCAUACAUCUGGUACCGGGAUUCUAGGAAUCGAAACACUGGCUACGGGGGAGUUUGGUAAUAUGCUCCCCAAAGUCUACAAUGAUUGGGACGGAAUUGAGGAACUGAAGUCCCAUCCCGACGAAGCCCCACAUCGGAAAGUUGACAAGAUUGUCCUUGCUUCUCAUUCGGACAAGGUCAAGACGGCCAUAGUCUGCCCUCCAACUAUUUAUGGUCCUGGUCGUGGUCCUGACAAUACAAGGUCGAUGCAAGCGUAUAUGAUAGCCGAGGCAUUUCUCAAACAUAAAAAAUCAUUCAAGAUAGGAAAGGGUGAGAAUGUUUGGCACGGCAUCCACGUUCAGGACCUUUCGGAACUCUAUCUUCUGCUUGGGGAGGCAGCUGUCAACGGGGGCCCACCAGCAACGUGGAAUGAAGAAGGCUAUUAUCUCGCUGAGAACGGAUCAUUCAAAUGGGGAGAUGUUAUGCAGGGUAUUGCAAAUAUUGCCGCUAAACAGGGUCUUAUUCCAGAUAGCACUCUUGAAGAAAAUUCACCCGAGGAGGCAGAAGAGUACUUUCACAAUGCGAAGUACUAUGUUGGGACAAAUUCGAGAGGUAUAUCAAUCCGAGGCAAGAGAUUGUUAGGCUGGAAACCGAUCCAAUGUAGUCUUGAGGAUGAGUUGACCGAAGUUGUCAACAACGAAGCCAAGCUCUUGGGACUGGUUAAAAGCCAUGCAGAGAACGUUCAGGGGUGA